GCGUCAAUGUUCCACAAUUUGAUCGUUCUAUAAAAAAAAAAAGCGCUUAUCACCGUUGACAUUGGCUUUGUGGAGUGAACUAUGACCCCUCUCCUUCCGAUUCAUCUCACAGUUGUUCAUCGAUGGCGAACCAAAAUCUCCCACGUGUCCUUCUUCUCCUUCCUCCUAUGGUCUCCUCCGAAUUCCAACGCCACUACUCUAACAAGUUCCAUUUCCUAAACCUUUCCUCUCUCCCUUUACGCCAAUUCAUAGCCACCGGAGACCAUGACCCUUCAUCCAUAACCGCUCUCAUCUGCUACGGCGGACAACCCCUCAACGCCGACGCCCUCGGAUUAUUUCCAUCUCUCCGCCUUGUUCUCACCCCUAGCUCCGGAACCGACCACAUAGACUUGUCCGAGUGCGGCCGCCGCGGAGUUCAGGUUGCCGGCAUAGGAAACUUGUUCUCCGAGGAUGUCGCCGACUUGGCCGUCGGUUUGUUGAUUGACGUCGUCACCAAAAUCUCCGCCGCCGAUCGCUAUUUGAGAAGACAUGUUCCCCCUCCCUGGAAUUUUCCCCUCGGAUCCAAGCUGGGAGACAAGAAGGUUGGUAUUAUUGGUUUGGGAAAAAUUGGCUUGGAAGUUGCACAUAGGCUAGUUAAGGGCUUUGGAUGCACUGUAUUAUACCACUCUAGGAGCAAAAAGCCAUUUGUUUCAUACCCUUUCUAUGGCAGUGUUGUUGAGCUUGCAACUAACAGUGAUGUACUUGUUCUCUGUUGUGAACUAAAUGACCAAACAAGGCACAUGAUCAACAGAGAAGUCAUGUUGGCAUUGGGAAAAGAAGGAAUCAUAAUCAAUGUUGGAAGAGGGGCUCUCAUAGAUGAAAAGGAAUUGUUGAAGUGUUUAAUGGAUGGAGAGGUUGGUGGUGCUGGUUUGGAUGUGUUUGAGGGUGAGCCUCAUGUUCCUAAAGAGUUCUUUGGGUUGGAUAAUGUGGUCCUAUCACCACAUUUAGCUGCUUUAACUUCAGAGUCUUACAUGGGUAUGUGCCAACUUAUGGCACACAAUUUGGAAGCCUUCUUCUCAAAUAAGCCUCUGAUUACUCCAGUCAUAGUUGAUUGAAUUGGUUCUUCAUAUUUUUUUAUUUUCUUUUUGUAUCACGCUUCCUUGUGGGGGAGUCUUCUUGUGACAUUUCCAACGUUCAUGUCAUUUUCAAUGUAUAUGUGUACAACUAGACUUGUGUGACAAGUGUUGUAAUUUACAUGUAGCAUGGAAGCAAUAAGCACACACAAGUUUUACCUCAUCAAGCAGUAAAACAGUCAAUUCAGACGUUAACACUUUGUUGUUUAUUUAUGUCCACUUAGUGU